CAAUUCUCCCGUAACCAAGUCCUCCUUCGCUAAUGGAGUCAACAACAGUCAUCAUUCUCCUCCUCCUCCUCCUCUUCCUCCACCAUCCUUCAGCUACGUCAUCAACACCCACCUCUAUUUUCCCAAACGAGGCUCUCCCCACAAAAUCAGGUUAUAUCCCUGUCAAACCCAAAACAAACUCAGCUAUUUUCUACACGUUUUACGAGGCUCAAAAACCAACUUCACCUCUUUCCCAAACCCCACUUCUCAUCUGGCUCCAAGGUGGCCCUGGCUGCUCCUCCAUGGUUGGGAACUUCCUUGAACUUGGCCCUUAUCGCGUUGUCGAUUCGCAAGACAACGAACACCCUGCUCUUCAGCCCAAUUUAGGCUCCUGGAACCGUAUUUUUGGCCUCAUUUUCAUCGAUAACCCAAUAGGGACCGGAUUCAGUAUCGCUUCGAGCCCUGAAGAGAUACCAAGAGAUCAGCACACUGUUGCCGAGCAUCUCUUCGCCGCCAUCUCUGAGUUUAUUAAACUAGACCCAGUGUUCAAGACUCGCCCGAUUUAUAUAACCGGAGAGAGUUAUGCAGGAAAGUAUGUUCCUGCAAUUGGUUAUUACAUUUUGAAGAAGAAUACGAAGCUGCCUGUGGCGAAACAAGUGAAUCUGAAAGGUGUUGCUAUAGGUAAUGGGUUAACGGAUCCGGUGACACAAGUCAAAACUCAUGCCCUGAAUGCUUACUUUUCUGGAUUGAUCAAUGAGAGACAAAAGGGUGAACUGGAAGAAGCUCAAAGGGAGGCAGUUAAGUUGGUUAGAAUGGGAAAUUGGAGUGAGACAACAGAUGCAAGAAGCAGGGUCUUGACUAUGUUGCAAAACAUGACAGGACUAGCCACUUUGUAUGACUUCACUAGGAAAGUGCCCUACGAAACAGAAUUGGUAACUAAACUGAUGCAACUAGCCGAAGUGAAGAAUGCAUUGAAGGCAAAUGAAUCUAUAGUUUUUGAGGAUUGUAGUGACACGGUGGGGGAAGCAUUGUAUGAAGAUGUAAUGAAGAGCGUUAAGUAUAUGGUGGAAUUCUUGGUUAAGAAGAGUAUCGUGCUGUUGUAUCAAGGGCAUUUGGAUUUGAGAGAUGGAGUGGUUUCAACAGAGGCUUGGGUGAAGACAAUGAAAUGGGAAGGGAUAGGGAAGUACUUGAUGGCUGAGAGGAAGGUGUGGAAAGUAAAUGGUGUGCUUGCUGGGUAUGUGCAGAAGUGGAGGAGUUUUAGCAAUGCUGUGGUGUUAGGGGCUGGGCAUCUUGUGCCUACUGACCAAGCAGUGAAUUCUCAGGCUAUGAUAGAGGAUUGGGUCCUGGAAAGGGGGGUCUUUGCUAAUGUAGAGGGGGAGCACUGAAAUCAGUAAGCUGCUACUACUGCUACUGUUGCAAGUGGAGGAUUUCGUGUCAGACAAUGAACAAAUCCCACGCUUCGUUUUCAUCUAUCACGCACCAUCCAAGUGAUGUUUUUAUUUGAACAACAUGAUGGGAUUGUCUCUGCUGGAUCUUGUUUUUAUUUAAAUUACCACGUUAUUCAGAGGAGAUAAAACUGAAAUAACAUCUUAUCCAAUUUCGUCUAUCCAUUCUGUCAUCCGUAGAUGCUUCCGUAGACGCGACAGACUGUCAUCAGACACGCUUCACCUUUUACCAUAUGAAAUCUCAAGGUUCCUGGGAAGUUCACCAUACAUGUAACUGGUAUGGUAUCUCUAUCGCAUCGCUCUGUAGCAUAUUGACUUUGAAAACCACUUAAUUUUUACAGUUU